AUGUCAGACGCCGAAGUUGAAGUCAAAAAGAAACGCGGGCGCCCAAAGAAAGUCGAAAGUUCGGCGUCAACCGCCAAAGCGACGCCGGCCAAGAAACCCGCCAAAUCAAGCAAAAAAGCACCAGCGGAGCCCAAAGCCACAGCGCGCGCACAGACGGGGAAUAAUCGAGCAGCAGAGGCUCUUAAGGUCAAAGAAAGCCGCCCAAAGGCCGCAUUAUUAAAGCAGGGAGAAAAAGGUGCGAGCGCUGAGCUGAAGACAAACGAGAAAGACUCCACGACGACAUCUCGAAAACCCCGGACUGUGAAGUUAGUCAAGGCAGAGAAAGCAAAGCAAGCCAGUCAAUUGGAGAGUUUUGGCCAUCAAGAGCAGCCAGCCGAAGCAUUGACAGCCGCUGUGAGUUCACAGGCAUCGCAGCAAAAAAGCGCCAUAUCAAAAGCAGACGAGAUCGCGCCAACAGAGCCGGAACGCACGCAGACUGGGCCAAAGUCGCCAGCUCCCACGGCCAUCCAGCAGUCAACAAUCCUCUCCGCCCUACGCGCUACCACCGGCUCUUCUUCUAUCCCUCCUCCUCCUCCUCCUCCUCCCCCCGCUAUUCCUGCAGUCACCGCCAUGCCUCCGCCAAAAACACCCGUCUCCAAUCUCGCCUCCUCAAUCUCGAAAUCCCGGAAGAUACUCCCAGACCCCACGAACAAUGGCUUCAAAGUGGGCCCUGCGACCGGUAAACAGGCCGUUGUUCGAAACCUAGAUGAGAUAACGCGGAUUGGAGCGCAGAGGAGUAUGCCGUCGCAGCCCAGGGCGCAGUACCCUCCUGCACCGGAAGAUAUCAGGAAGACGAAGAAAUACAAAGCUCUGUCGAGAAGAUGGCUAGCUGGAAUGGUUGCGAUGCCAAUUCUAAUAUGUACCAGCUGGGCGUUAUAUGAACGAGUAUUCUACGACAAAACACCUCGGAGCCUUCCAGGAGCGAAUGCCUUCCCCCCCUCGGGGUCUUCGAAUGAAUCGUUCAACUCGUCGGCUUCCACAGAAUCAUCAAGAAAUAGCUCAACAACAUGA